CCAGAGACUCGUUGGAAACACAAAGGGCUUGAUAAGUUGGAGAAAAUGGGUUCAGAUUCUCAAUACCAGAUUCCGGCAAUAGAAUUCGCAAUGAAUUCGCCAGAACUGGACCGAGGAACUGAUGAGUGGUACCAUCUAUGCAAGAAGGUUCGAGAGGCUUGUGAAAAUUAUGGUUGCUUCGAAAUUGUGUAUGAUAGGAUUCCUCCGCAGUUAAAAGCCGAAACCUUCUGUGUGUCAAGGGAACUUUUCAGCCUUCCACUUGAGAAAAAGAAGAAGAACAUUAAUCCAAAGCCUUACCAGGGUUACAAUGGACCAAGUGUCCGUUAUCCCUUGUAUGAAGGCUUUGGCUUUGAGGAAGCAUCCAACUACGAAUCCCUUAGAAGCUUGACAGAAGAACUAUUGCCUCAUGGUCAUGACCAGUUUUGCACUGUCAUUUCUAUGACGAAGAAGCUGGAUGAGCUGAAAAAUAUGAUCAACUUGAUGAUUUUAGAUGGCUAUGGUUUGGAAGAGACGUCAAAUUCAUUCAUGGUGUCUAAGACAUUGCUAAAGUUGAUGAAGUACACGGCACCUCCUUCAAGAUAUUACUCAAUCGGAACCCCGGUUCACACUGACAAAGCAUUUAGCACGAUCCUUUGUGAUGAUCAAGUUUCAGGUCUUGAAGUUCAAACUAGGGAUGAACAAUGGGUCAAGUUGUCUAUAUCUCCUCGCUCUUUUGUCUUUCUAGUUGGAGACUACCUCAUGACAUGGAGCAAUGGCAGAAUGCAUGCAGUGAAGCAUCGAGUGAUGAUGUGUGGCGAAAAAGAACGAUAUUCUCUAGCAGCAUUUGCACUUCCAUUAGAGGGUUCCAUCACCAAGGCACAAAAGGAGCUAGUAGAUGAAGACUACCCCCAAGUUGUUAAAGAUCUUCACUAUACUGACUUUAGCAAGUUCAUCUCUUCAGAAUAAGGAGAGCCAUCGACGCAUAAAUGCAAGUUUCUUCUUUUACUCUUGAUUUAAAUAUUGGAAAUAAGAAUGUAAUGCUGCAUCUGCUUGAU